AUGGAUCUUAGCGAGCGAGAUGAAAGUGACAGUAGUAGCAGUCAUCAUAGCCGUUCUGCGAAUCGUGUCACAAACGAUGGACGACAAGAGGAGCGAUCAGGUCCUAGUGAGAAUAGAUUUGAUCGAAUGGAAAGAAUCUUAGAAGGCAUGCUGACACAUGUAACAAGGAAUGAGCCAUCGAGGCAUACAACUCAUGUGUUGGAUCAGUAUCGCCGACAGAGACCCCCGGUGUUCAGGGGAAAAGCAGAAGACGACCCCUGCAUGGCGGAAUACUGGAUGGAGCAAACCGAGAAGCUGCUCCAACAUUUGCAGUGCAGUGACGAAGAUAAGGUCAACUGUGCUACAUUCAUGCUUGAGGAAGACGCUGCACGAUGGUGGCAAUCAGCCCAGCGAGCUUUGCAAAGGACACCUAGGCAAGUGGAACAAGAUCCAAGGCCAAGGCAAGCUCAACCUACUGACGAGAUGUCGGUGACCCAAUAUGACGUAAAGUUUACUCAACUGAUCCGGUAUGUACCUAUGUACGAAGCCGAUGAGUGGCAGAAAGCCCAGAAAUUUGUGGGUGGAUUGAAAGUAGGACUGCAGCAAGCUCUUAGCUCGUGGACUUUGGACACCUACAAUGAGGCAUUGCAUAGAGCCUUAUCCACUGAGACUAAUUUACUGCGAGUUAGUUUGAUUCGAUCGGACGAGAAGAAGAAAGAUCCGAAAGGUGGGGAGCAUAAAUCAGAUGGAAGGAACUCCAAAAGCAAUGAGCCAUGUCCCCGAUGCGGCAAGGUACACUCCGGGAAACAAUGUUUCCAAGGACAUAUUCGAUGUUUUUCGUGUGGUGAAGAGGGACACAAGCAAAAUGAUUGUCCUAAGAAUAAAGAGGCACCACCGACCGGGAAUCGAAUGAGGAUUACAUGUUUUUCGUGUCAACAACCUGGUCACUACUCGAGCGAAUGUCCAAAGAGGCAGAAGGUGGAACAAAUGGGAAAAGCAAACGAGGCUCAAAAACCUCGCCCUGGACGAGUUUUCUACCUGUCAAAGGAUGACGACGAUAUCUACUGGACAAAAGAGAAAGGUACGUCGAGUUAA